ACGGACAGAACAUUGUCAGGCAAAAUGACAGCCACCAGUUUCUCUCUAAUGUUUUCUGGAUGUUUUGUGACUCUGCUCAUCUGGGCAGGGCACACAACAGUGUUUUGUCUGGUUGCUGAAAAUGUAGCGACGCAACGAGCCACUACAGUAGGGUAUGAAUCAACAAGGAUGAUGAAUAAUACCACUUAUGGAUUCACUAACUUGUCAUCUGGUUGCGGGAAUUCUAGCCACUGUGUGCAUUAUUGUGACUUCUGUUCUGGGGUAGAACCAAUAAUGGAUUGUCUUCCCCAUUUGUUGAGUAAUUGUGUCAGGAAAUUUGAAACUGCAAUGGAAUCACUAAACAGCACUGACUGGUGCAUUUGGAGUAAUGUGAACAGUCUCUAUAGUAACUUGAGCAUUUGCACAGAGGAUAUAUCUGACUGUCUCCUGAUCCCAUGGCCCAACCAACUGGUGGAACUUCUUUUUGUGCAAAUACACUCCAUCUAUUUCAAGGAUUGUCCCACAGAGGAGCUACGUGACCCACCACCAGUCAUUGUCUUUGCCCUGGUGAUAACUCCCAUCUGCCUGAUUCCUGCUAUGGUUAGCCUGGUGGUGCUCAAAACCAAGAAUGGGGAUGGAAGCUCCUGAUAAUCUGGUAUCUCUGCUAUGAUCAUGAUCAUCAUCAAGUUUUUGACCUACGCUUCCCCAUCUGUUCUCAUUUGAGGACACACAUGGACCUCUGCUGCAUUUUCAUCUCACCAGUGACUUUGCAGAGCACUGACUCUUUAUGAUAAAGUUUACCUGUGCUUCAUAACACGGACAACUUCCAAAAUAUUUAAAUAGCCAUUGAGGAACCUAAACAGAGAUGAUUCAGCAAGAAUGCCAUAAUCAAUUGCAUCACAACUAUUGCAGCUGUCCAAGUUUCUGGUGUUAACAAAUUCUUACUGUGAUAAAAAUAUGUUAUUAUAAAUUCUGUACCAUACUGUAUCUGUUUUUAAAGUAAUGGUUCUGACAAAAGUUUUGUUUUCAACCACUGACUUGAGAUCUGACACUGAUUGAAUCAGUCAUAUCCAAUUUGCACACAAUAUUCAGAAAACAGAGCUUGAUAUUGAUUAUGUUGAAUAACCCAGUAUUCAGGGUUAUGAUGACAAAAGCUUUGGAGCUUGCAAAGUUGAAGGCAAAAUAUAUUUGUAUUGACACUCCUCAUUAUGUUGGACAACAUUUGUACUGAUAAAAGACAAGGUAAUUAUUUUCAUUACUGAACUUAACUAUGCUUUGAGCUCGAUGUGCUAUCUAAACUGAUGAUUUUCAUUUUGAAUUGGAAGUACGUAUGUGUCCAUGUUUGAUAUAUAAAAAGGAUUAUCUAUAUAUUUGUAGGGAGUACAGAACAAUGACUAUAGUCCACAGCAUGAACAUGGUUAUGUGAGUCAAAGUGUAUGGAAGGUGUGGGGGUUAGAGGUUACAGAUCGGACACAAUGAGAGGUUACGCCCAGAGAAGAACUCUUUCCUGUUUCCUAGUAUGAAACCUUGCAGCAUGUUCCUCUGUACAAACACUGACAAUCCUCAUGAUCAUAUGGUGAGCUAACUUUAUCUAACAUCUCCAAACAGUCCAAGCAAAAGAUAUGACUUGUCUGAGCAGCUUAGUGAUAAAAACUGAACUGAACUGAACAAAAAAAGUGUUAUCUUUCGCCUGAAUCAUGACAAUGUGUUAUGUUAUGUGUUUUUUUUUUGUUUUUUUUUAAAUGACGAUAAAGCCAUUGUAAGUGCUUUCAAAUUUGGAACAAAAUGUUUAUUUAUGUAUUGUGUUUAACUUCUGCUAUUUUCAAGACUUAGUGGACUUAUUAUCUGAGAGAAUACGUCCUUU